AUGUCCGACCAAGCUUACCCAUAUGGUAGUGCUCCCGUGAUAAGCUCUUCAGAGCUACCACCCAGCUACUAUGCCGCCUCUCGCGGGAGUACUUUAGAAGCAACGCUAGAGCAGUAUCAUGCCAGCAACCCAGCAUACUCCCAACAUCAGUCGAGUGCAGGAGCAACGAAUACGAAGAACACUCCAGCAGAGGAAUCCGUCAUCGAGGCUUCCGAUGAGGAAAUAGUAGCCCAAAAGCUAUCCUGGCUCCCUCCUCGCCCAAACACGCCUCUAUCGCACAUGCCUCUGCUCGCCAAGCCAGUAGCAAUCCCACAGGUCGACAUCCCCCGCCUAGGCCGCCCCAUGCCGUUCACGCGGGCCUACAGCUACGCGCUCCAGAGCCACCAUGUCCAGCUUGAGCACUUCGUCGCCUUCAUCGAUGCGUUGGCGAUCGCGCAGGCAGCACCGGCGCCGCUGCAGGCUCUGAAUGUUGUUGGGCAAGGUAUUGGGUUUGUUCCGCAUCAUUGGGCGCAAGCAGCUAGCGCUGGCAUCGGCCUCGCUGCUGGAGCAGGCACCGCAGCCGUGACGAUAACGAGGACGAAGAUGUUCAUGGAGAGGGUCAACAAGGAGUACUUCGGUCCGCGAGCUUUGAAGGCUUCGCUGGUUAGCGACGAGGAGCUGGCUGCGCUUGUCGGGUACCCUGCUAAUGCGCCUACUCUCUCGCCUUUAGACCUCAAUUCGGAUGCUACCACUAUCCGAGAACGCCGUCUACAGGCUCUAGCACCGCAUGUGUCUCCGCUUACUUUCGAAGUCCCACCUCCUGCUGCCCCCACGAACGUACUCGACAAGCUCAGCGCAAGGCAGAUUCAGGCCACCAUUGCCAAGAACCAGAAGAAGGCAGCAAAAGAUCGUCGAAAGUCAAACUCGAGUUCACGCUCAUCUAGUUCAGAUUCCAGCGACAGUGGCAAAGCCACUCGGAACGAUAAGAUCGAGCGCAAACUAUAUACGCUAGAGCUGGAGAUACAACAGAUAGAUCUAAAGGCGCAGAAGAAGACACUUGGUAAGGGGCCGAAGAAGGCUGGGGAGAUUGAGGAAGACAGGCGCAAAGAAAUUGCUAAAGCUGAGAAGAAGAGAAAGAAGCUCUUACGUCAGUAUGAGAAGAAGCAGUCGAAGACGAACGGAUACGGGGAUGGGACAGUGGACCAAGCGUACCAAGCGUACCAAGCGUACCAUACACCAAAGCCAAAACAGAGCAAGAAGCAACAGGAGAAGGACGAGAAAGCCAGCAAGAAGACGAAGAAACUGAAAUGGAUCGUUGUGACCGACCUGAGAUCAUGA